AUGCCCCACCAAGAUGGGCCUGCAUAUUUUCCGGUGGUGGCUAUUCUUUCAUUAGGAUCACCUGUUAUCAUGGACUUCACUCCUCAUUCAACUUUAGCAGACACUACAAGCAACAUUCAAGAAACCAGUCAUGGGAAUUUACAAAACUACCAUCCUUUCUCUAUUGCAUUGAUGCCACGCAGUUUAUUGGUAUUCAAAGAUACAACAUACUCAGGUCAUGGGUGUACUUGGAUACCAGUUAUAGAGAAUUUUACAGUUCACCAUUUCAAAUUCCUCAUUUACUGUCUUUCACAAGGUGACUCAGAUGGAGCUUACCAGGGUGUUAUAAGGCUAUUUUUGUCAAAUGAAGAUGAAAUACAUCUAACGAUGCAAGAUUUGAUGACAUAA